GCUGACCACCUCGUCUUCCUCUACUAUCGAUGGCUCUUUCCAGGGCUUCGUGAGUACGCGUCGUCUAUAUUGAGUACAGAGACUUACCUCCAGAUCUCUAGUCCGCCUCUGCCACCUAUCGAAGCUUACGCAUUUCUCUUGGACCAUGACGAACAGUCACGAACUCGAGGCCACCGCUGGUCUCAGCCAGGCUUCUCCGCCUCUGCCACCUAUCGAAGCUUACACAUUUCUCUUGGACGAUGAUGAACUCGAGGCCACCGCUGGUCUUAGCCAGGAUUCUGUCAACGAUGCCAAGGAAGAGCAUGAUCGUAUUCCGGCUCAAAUUGAGCAAGUGAAGGUGGCUUUCGACCAGGAACUCAGGCAAGCCCAGCAGCGUGCGAACGACAAAAUCGCCCAACUUGAGAAACGGAAGGAAGAGUUGGGCGAGGUCAUUCGAAAACAUCAAAACAUCUUCUCUGCCGUUCAUAAACUGCCCCCGUCUGUUCUUGCUCGUAUUUUCUCUUUCAGUUUGGACGAUUACCUCUCCGACACGCCAUUUCUCGGGGUCUCUUCUGACGUGGCUCUGCGAAACCUGACCCACGUUUGUUCGCGGUGGCGUCGAACCGCUGUUGAUAAUGCACACCUUUGGACAAGGGUGUCGCUGAAGUAUGACUAUCGCUCCAGCAAGCUGGAAAAUCUCCUUCGAAAAUAUCCGCUUACGAGAUUGGAGACGCAACUUCAUCGUGCCAAGCAGGCCCCCCUCGACAUUUUUCUCGACUUCGACGAGAGCCACGAGAUAACUGAAUCGACAUUUAUGCAUUGGAAAGCCCUUAUCGGUCUCCUUGCACCAACGAGCAAUCGCUGGCGAUCGAUGACGCUAGAUAGUCUACAGAACAAGAGCCUGCAAAACCUUUUGCAGCCUUUUCUUCAGCCAGAAUCUCGUCUUGAAAAGCUCGAAUUGCUGGAUAUCAUGGGUUACAUUACCUUGGAGAAUGAUACCCUGGUUUGGUUAGCACGCGGGCCGCGUCUGCGCAGAGUUUGCCUCUACAAAUGGAAUGCAUUCAUACUCCCGGUGUCGUGGCACAACCUCUCCGAGCUUUCUUUGUGCUCUCUGCUCUCAGAUCUUUGGGGGAUCCUACCGUUAGCGGCCAACCUAGAGCGUUGUCGGUUGACUGUGGUGAACGCUGCUCCCUACGUAUACCCCGGCACGGUGCCGAGUCCACAGCCCACGAGCAUUGCACAUCUUGGCAACAUGAAACAAUUCUAUAUUCAAUCCGGGAAGACGGUGGACGACCUGUUGGUAACAGUUUCUAUGCCUAACCUGGAGUAUCUUGUCAUCGACGCGCCGUUCUAUGGUGUGUCCGGGUUCCUGUCGCGUUCGAAAUGCAGUUCCCUUCGUGGCUUGCGAAUAUUACCGACUGCUGAUGAACUUGGCCUUGUCCUCACGAUCGCCCGAACACAACCGCUGCUGGCCCAUCUCGAGGUGCAGAUCACCGGCGCUCCCCGCGAUCCCGAUUGUCUCGAUUUCAUUCGUAAGCUGAAGCUCUCAUCCCCUCCGAAGUUUGAUGACGCCUGCCCACGCCUGGAAACACUGCUGUUGCACCUACGUGUCCCAACAAAGAUGCAGAUCGCGGCGAUUAUGAGGCUCUUGCUAAAUCGAACGAAAACGACCUCAGCAGAGCAUUCACGAACGACAUGUCCGCUACGUGCGCUUGACAUAGGUGAAGUGGGGUGGGCGAGUCUUUCCUGCGAUGACCGGUUCUGGAUGCAGAGGCAGAUAAAGCUGAAUUAUGUUCUCAUCUCUCCCGAACCCUUGCUAGCGGACGAUAUAGAGAAAAGGCGCUGGUCCAGGAUUCCUGAACUGGAUGAACCAUACUGUCUCAGAGUGACCACGGAAGUAGUAUAG